AACGGGAGCUUUGUUUGUCGGGCAAGCAGAUCAUUCCCAGAUUCCUGAUCAUCUGCGCCUCGGCAGCGCCCUAUCGAGAUUCGGGUCGCUAGUGGCUCGUCCCCAUCGCUUCGUCUCCGUCUCGCCCCCACGCUGUCGCCUGUAUCCUAGGGUAGAGGGAGCACCUAAGAGCUCCCGCUCAGGCUUCGCACCGCACUGGGGGCCCACCUUGACCAUCCCAGAAACCCGUCUCUCGCGCCUCCCUCCACGUGCCAUCCACGUGCCAUUCUCGUGACAUUCACGUGUCAUCUACGCCGCAUUCGCGUGCCGCAUCCACGGUCCCCUGCUCCCGAGCCCCACUGCCUGUUCGAUACUACCCGCAUCCGAAAAAACUGCUGAAACCCAUUGCUGUACCCCUUAUUUUGUCAUGCCUCGUUAUAGUCACUUGGUAGCACCAACCGCGUGAGCUUCGGAUAGGCCGUACGCCCGCCUCGAUAACGUCGCUCCUUAUAUCGCAGCAAUACUCGUUGGAACAACGAGCCUUACAAGACUUCCCUUCAGUAUCACCCUUGCGAGGUCGCAUCGUUAACCUUCCCCGGAUGUCGCCUGCGACUAGCUUUCUGCGACAAGCAGCGCGCUCCGUACUCGCCCGGCCGGCCAAUGCCACGUCAGCAGCAGCCACGUCAGCGUUGCGUGGCAUCGCGACCGCCACUGGGAUGGCUCCGGGCAGCAGUCUGGGCGCAGGGGGGGAGGCGGGAGGCGCGGAACCUGCGACAGCUGUAGCUUCCCAGCCGUUGGCGGAAGGGGAAAAGUUCAAGGUGCUCUUCUGUGGCGAUGAGUUCCCCGAAGCCUACACCUACUCAGCCGAGCUGCUACACCAAGAGCCCAACAUGGAAGUUUCCUGGCACCCGCGUGGCGAGAUCCCUCGGCGAAUCAGAGACUGCCACGUCGUCGUGCCGCGGAUGACCCGCCUGGACGCGGGAACCAUCGCAGAAGCUUCCAAGCUGCAGCUGAUAGUGCAGUUUGGGGUGGGUUUGGAGGGGGUUGACGUGGCAGCAGCAACGGAGAGGGGGAUCAGAGUGGGGAGAAUACCGAGUGCUGACACGGGCAAUGCUGUGUCCUGCGCCGAGCAUGCCAUAUACCUCGCCCUGGCACUUCUAAGGAAGCAGAAGGGAAUGCAGGAGUCGUCCAGCAGCAGCGGCUGGGCCAGCCCAUCGGGCAAACCAUCUUUGGCAAGUCGGUGCUAAUGGUGAGCUACGGGGCGGAAUAAGGAAGGCACUUGCUGCAGGAUUGGGGCCCAUGCAAGAACCAACGGCCUUCUCCCCCAUUGCGGAACCGGGAAGGGGGCCUUCCCCUCCUCUCACUGCUCUCCCCCCUUCCAGGCGCUAAUAGUGGGCUACGGUGGGAUUGGAAAGGCACUUGCUGCAAGGCUGCGGGCGUUCGGAGUGACGUGGAUG